ACCACCACCCGCACCCGCCACACGCGACAUCGCGGCCUGCAACCAUGAUCAAGAUCUGGAGUAUGAAGAAGAACGAGGAUGCGGCGGCGAAGAAGAAGCCGAAGACCAGUGCCGCGCAGAUUCGUGUGCAGAAAGAUCUGACGGAGCUGGACUUACCAUCCACAAUGAAGACGCACUUCCCUGAUCCCAACGAUCUCCUCAACUUCACGUUGACCAUCACCCCCGAUGAGGGCAUGUACAAGGGCGGUGCCUUCCAGUUCUCCUUCGCCAUUAACACCAACUACCCGCACGACCCACCCAAGGUCAAGUGCUUGCAGAAGAUCUACCAUCCGAACGUCGACCUCGAGGGGAACGUCUGCUUGAACAUCUUGCGAGAAGACUGGAAGCCGGUGCUGAACUUGAACUCCGUCAUGGUCGGGUUGCAGUACCUCUUCCUCGAGCCGAACCCCGAUGAUCCGUUGAACAAGGAGGCGGCCCAGGAGAUGGUCAAGAACCGCGACGUCUUCGUCCAGAACGUCAAGACCGCCAUGCGCGGUGGCAGCGUCAAGGGCGAGCAGUACAACAACGUUGUAUCACGAUGAGCCACGACGAGGGGCUACCCUCUAGAUGUAUUGUAGCUCUGUUUUCCUAUCACUUUCCUUCAUACAAUACCAUCGCAUCCUUCCAACAUCGCACAUUCUUUGAUUGCAGGACGGGUGUGUGCUGUACGCUACUAGAUCUUCCACUCAUCGUACACAUCGCUACGCAUGCUACUAUAUAAUAUGAGUCCUUCGCUAC